AUGUUGCCUUCUUUCCACGCCAGAGGGCUAAUCACUGAUGCCGUUUUCAUCGGCCAAGAAAACAUAAGACGAUUUUUCGCCUCUGAAAAUUCAAUGGCACCCUUCCGAGAAAUAAUCCACGCCGUGCAAGUUUUCUCGGAAUUCAACGCUACGAAAACAAUGGGAACGUCUUCGAGGAAACAAUCAGUUUUAGCACUCGUGGCUUCCAGUGAAAUCGAAAUUGAGACCUUUCUUUUUCCUGUGAAUUGGGAAAAAAGCACUUUGAUGUGGAACGGAGUGAAGAAAAACUUCAAACGCUUCGCAAAGGUUGUGGCAUUCGUGGAAAAGUCGAUUUCAGGGAAAUCGCCCGAGAAGUUCGAGAAAAUCGUCAAGUCUGUGAAUUCCCAACUCGCACCGAAUAAAUUCUACGUCGUGACGAUGACAAACAACGAAGACGAGAAGAAUUCUCGGUGCGAAAUUCGCCACGUUUGCCUUCAUUGUUGUGCGAAUGGGAAAACUUGCGUGGUUCAGUUGAAACGCCUGAAUAUUUUUCCGCGGAAAAACGAGCUGGACUUUAGAGGCACGCAGUUGCGAACAGUGUGUUACAAUUAUUUCAAAAAUUGUUGGAAAGUCGGUCCCGCGUCGUUUGAUGAUGUUGGAACCUUCGAUGGGUCGGAUUACAGACUGUUGAGAAUUUUGGAAGACAGCCUGAAUUUCACGACUGUCAUCAAAGUACCGCCUGCGUCCGAAGUGCCGGGAAUCGUGCUGCCGAAUGGAACAGCAACCGGUGUCUUG